GCAACACCGUUUUGUUCUCCACUCUUUUCAUUGCGUUCUACGCACAGGAAAGGGAAAAACGACUGUGGUAUACGAAUCGCAAGUUGUUUUCGUCUGGUUAGCUAACGUUCCCAUAAAACAGCGCGCUCUCUCUCAAGGGCUGUCUAGUCGCGUGAGAUAUCUUUUGUUAUCCCUUUUCAUAGACGAGUGAUUCUUUGUGUUGUUUUGCUUUGUAUUUUGAAAACCUUUUUUUUCCUCCCUAGCCGCGUUUCCCUCUGGAGCGAAGGAAAAUGCCAAGCCAACCGAACUCGCAGCGGCAGUCUAUCUGGACGCUCUUCAAGCAACAGCGACUGCCGGCAUGGCAGCCAAUUCUGACUCCCUUGAACUCGGCCCUCUGCCUCUUCGCCGUAGCAAUCAUGUGCAUUCCAUUGAGCUUGUCUCUCUUUCAAGCCAACGCGUCCGCCGUGGACAUCACGGUGCAUUAUGACGACGCCACACCAUGCUCCUUCGCGUACAACUCCACCGGCGCCUUCCGCUACGCGACGACGACAGGAGAGGUGUGGCAGACGGGCUGCGUUAAGGACAUUCAGUUCCGCAUUAGCAAGCGGCUCAAUAAGCCGGUGUACCUGUACUACGGCCUCGAGAACUUUUUUCAAAAUCACCGGCGCUUCACCAACUCGAAGAGCGACGUGCAACUCGCAGGCAGACACGUGACACCGAAGUCCAUCGCGUCGCUGACGUCGCCGCUGACGUACCCGGGAGAGAUUCGCCACGAGGGCAACCGAUCCAUCACGAUCGACCAAAAACCGUACACUUUCAAGGACGUUGUCUACACCCCGGCAGGCCUCAUUCCGUGGUCCAUGUUCAACGACACCUUUGCGCUGUUCAAGCUCGAGUCCCCUAGCAACAUGGCGUCGCUGCGACUUCUCUGCAACGGCAGCGCCUUUUCGCGCUUCACGAACAAGCCCCUCGACGGCGCGGGCAGCUGCCACAAGAAGGGGAUCGCCUGGACCAGCGAUGUGGAGAACAAGUACAAAAAACCGCACUUUCCCCCGGCGAGCGCGGCACACCCGAUCUGGAGUGCGCCGCGCGCCGCCUACGACGCACCGGACGGCGACGCGAUCCCGCAGCCGUCGCCGGACACCCGCUCCGACAACGAGUUCUUCAACAACGGCUGGUACGCCAACGAGCCGGGUCACCGCAUCCCUGUCACAACGGAUGAAGACUUAAUGGUGUGGGCGCGGACCGCGUCAUUGCCAAAGUUUCGCAAGCUCUACCGCGUCAUUGACGUGGACCUCCCUAUCGGCACCUACGUCAUGCGCGUUGGCGAGCACUUCGACGCGGCGAGCUUUGGAGGGAAGAAGAGUUUUUCGUUAGCCACGCUGUCGUGGCUGGGCGGGAACAACAGUUUUAUGGCCUGGAUGUACUUUACGAUCGGUGCCGUGUGCGCGGUGAGCGGGGCUGCGUUCUUGUGCGUACAUCGCUGGUACGGCGACCGGGCGUUACGUGCUGUGGCGACGCUUCUCAAAGCGGAGUGA